AUGACGCGUUCGGGUUGUAGGUGUUUCAAGACAAAGCAAUGCAAGUUUUGGCUGGAAGGGCGCUGUACGCGAGGGGAGAGUUGUACGUAUGCCCACACAGACCAGGAACUGCGCCCUGCGCCGAACUUGAAGAAGACGAAGAUGUGUGCGCGGUGGAGGCAAGGCCAGUGUGCCCUCAGGGCGGACGAGUGUAGUUACGCGCAUGGUGUCGAGGACCUACGCGCACAGAGCGGACGCAAGAGCUCCUGCGCUACGGAGUCGACCGACUUAAUGGUUUCCGAUGUGAUGAUGUCCGACGUCAUCAUGUCUGACGUCAUGAUGUCUGACGUGAUGCUGUCCGGCGAGACGGUGCUGGAUAUUCCGUCGCCGCUUGGCAGUGCACAUGAACACCUCGUCAAAACGCUCAGCAUGAGUGAGCUCAGUCAAGGGCUCUCCAGCACGGCAUACCUAGAGUGA